AUGCCCGGAACCGGGAACAUGCCCCUCUGCGAGUUCAUGUUUGAUGAGCAGUAUGGACGGCACCCAGUUGCGACAUCUCUUGAUUCAUAUACUUGUGGACUGAGUGGGAGCAGUAUCUCGGCCCAGGAACAGAAAAGUCGUGUUGAGGCCCUUGCGCGAUCAUUGGCCCUGGAGUUCGGAUGGAGUGUCAAUCAGGGCAGCGAGUUCGACAAGGUGGUCGGCAUAUUUGCCCUCAACACUGUGGACGUAAUGGGAUUAUCCUGGGCCGUCCAUCGCUUGAAUGGCAUCUCUUCACCUGCAAACGCGAUGUACAAUGCGGAAGAGCUCACACAUCAGCUCGUGACAUCAAAGUGCAAAGCGCUCUUCACCGUUCAGUCUCUUCUGCCCGUCGCACUGAAAGCUGCCAAAGCUGCCGGUAUUCCAGAGUGCUACAUCUACCUCUGCGACAUGCCUGGCCAGCAGGAGGCGAGGUUCGGACAGUACAAAACGGUCGCUGAACUUACUCUUCAAGGCCAAACUCUGCCACGACUUGAGCCGAUCAAGUGGAAUCGUGGUCAAGGACAAAGACAGACAGCAUUUCUCUGCUACUCCAGUGGCACCUCUGGUCUACCGGUAACGGUCAUGAUUUCACACAGAAAUGUCAUCGCCAACAUUAUCCAAUUGUCACUUUUUGAUCAGGCAGACCGAGACGCCAUUGCUCCGGCCCUCAUCAUCAUAUGUCACGCCUCAACAUAUCGGGGCGACUCGGUAAUCGUGCUCCCAAAGUUCGACUUGAACACAUACCUCCGCACGAUAGAGCAGUUUAAGAUCAACACCCUCUAUCUGGUUCCGCCGUUGGUUAUCGCAAUGAUUAACAAUCUUGAAACACUAAAGAAAUACGAUCUAUCAUCCGUCAAGCGAGUGUGGGUCGGGGCGGCACCGUUGGGGCUGGAGGCAACAAAUGCACUGCUCUCCGCGUAUCCCUCUUGGAAGAUAACUCUCGGAUAUGGAAUGACAGAAACAUGCGUCGUUGUCACUUCCGGCACGCCCAGGGACAUUGUUGUUGGCAGUUCCGGCUUGGUUUUGCCAGGCUUUGAGAUUAUGCUCGUUGACACGGACGGCAAGCGGGUGGACACGUACAAUGAGCCGGGCGAGGUGUGGGUGAAAUCGCCGAGUGUUGUGCUCGGCUAUCUGAAUAACGAGUCUGCAAAUCGCGACACUUUUGUCGACACGGAGGACGGUCGGUUCAUCAAAACAGGAGACGUUGGGGAGAUGCGGAAGGCACCCAGCGGAAAGGAGCACCUCUGGAUCGUGGACCGAAUCAAAGAACUCAUCAAAGGCCAUCAAGUUGCUCCGGCUGAACUAGAGGCGUGCCUAUUGGGCCACUCAAGCGUGGCGGAUUGUGCCGUCAUUUCUGUGCCAGAUGAUCGUGCCGGCGAAGUCCCAAAGGCUUACAUUGUCAGGUCGGGGCCAUGUUCCGAGAAGGAUAUCCAGGAGUACGUGCAGGCCAGGAAAGCUCCCCACAAAUGGAUCAAGGGAGGCAUCGAGUUUGUGGAUGCGAUUCCAAAGUCUCCUUCGGGCAAGAUUUUAAGACGACUGUUGAGAGACCGUGAGAAGCAGCGGCGUGCAGCAAAGCUAUGA